UUUUCGAUUAAAAAAAAUCCCUUUGGGCAUAUACAGAUAAAAAGGGUUAUGCGAAAUUAAGAAAAAUCGGAAGGGGGAGGGAAUAUUGCGGCGAUUUUCAUUUUAACGCCUAUCGAAGCCUUCAGCUUCGUGAGCUCCGCUACGAUUUUAUGAAAUUUACAGCAAAAUUCGGGAUAAAAGGAGAAAUUUUGCUGUGUUUUGUCAGAUUUUUCUUUGGUUUUUUGGCAGAUCUUGGAACUAGUUUGUGUAUUUUUCAAGGGUUUAGGGUUUCGGUGAUUUUAGCUCCUUCCAGUCCAAAAUAUUUCACUCUUCUGUUCUUCUGAUCCUGUUAAUCUUUCUUGAAACAUAGUUGGCUAACUUGGUUCUCCUGGAGUUCUAGCUUUAUCUGAGCUCAGACUACUGUUGAUGUGAUUCAGAUACUUGUCAUUACAGCCAUGGAAGUUAGGUCCGAGCAAUCUUUCAGUAUUGGGAUGCAGAAUUUCCCAGUGGCAACGAAGCCCUCGAUUUCGGGCAUGCGACUCACAAUGACUCACGAUGGCACUGCUGUUUAUAAGCCAAUUACUACCACCACUAACGCUACGCCCGCCCCGACGAUCUCUUCUGUUUCAGCUACCCCUUUUCCGGGAGGAAGCUCCCCCGUCUGCCUUGGAAGUGAUGGGUCCUCGGCGGCACCUGUUGGGGCCAUCCAUGGACUAAAUAUGGCCUCUGGUGAGCUGGUGAAGAAGAAGCGAGGGCGACCUAGAAAGUAUGCCCCUGAUGGCAGCAUGGCCCUUGCUCUCACUCCAGUUUCCCCUACUUCGGCAACUCCUUCAGGCAUCGGAGGCUUUUCUCCUCUUUCAAUGGGGCAUGGAAGCACCGAUCUUUCUGUUCCAGGUGAUCCCAUGAAGAAAGCAAAGGGAAGGCCUCCAGGCUCUGGGAAGAAGCAGCAGUUGCUUGCACUUGGAUCGGCAGGAACUGGAUUUACUCCACAUGUUAUUGCUGUUAAGGCUGGAGAGGAUGUGUCCGCAAAGAUCAUGUCAUUUUCUCAGCAUGGACCACGUGCUAUUUGCAUUCUUUCAGCAAAUGGGGCAAUCUCUAAUGUGACUCUUAGACAAGCUGCAACUUCCGGUGGAACAGUAACUUAUGAGGGUCGGUUUGAAAUAUUGUCACUGUCUGGUUCAUUUCUGCUAUCGGAGAGUGGCGGCCAGCGCAGUCGAACUGGUGGUCUGAGUGUUUCUUUGGCUGGUCCUGAUGGUAGAGUUCUUGGUGGCGGAGUUGCUGGACUUCUGACAGCAGCAUCUCCUGUUCAGGUUGUAGUGGCAAGUUUUAUCGCUGAAGGAAAGAAAGAACGAAAGAAUGUUAAUCUGUUAGACGGUGCAUCGGCCAUGGAAAAGCUAGCUCCUGGCGGUGGCAUUCCUGGCGGUGGUGGCGUGAUAACCGGCGGUAGCAGUCCACCAUCUCGAGGAACUCCUAGCGAGUCAUCUGGAGGGCCUGCAAGCCCGCUCAACCAAAGCACAGGCACCUGCAACAACAGCAACCAGCAGAGCUUCUCGAGCUUCUUAUGGAAAUGAAAGAUGGCCGCCUCUACCGUUAUCUUAACACUUUUUAACAUUCUCCAUUUGUAGGUUUCUUACUUGUUUGCUGUGUUGUGUGCAACUUACUAGAGAGAUAGAGAGAGCAUUCUGUAGUGGUGUAGUAGUCUUGAUUUUAAUAUGAGGAUUUGUUGCUCUUAGUUUAAAUAUGUAUUGCUUAAUUGUGUUGUACUACUCGAUCUCAAAUCCUAAUUUGAGUUAGUUUCAAUUAAUUAUGGCUCUUAAAUCAA